AUGACGGUGACUGCCUCUUGCUUUCGUCAGGUCUUAGUGGAGGAGAAGAAGGUGUUGGAGGGUCAAGCGGAUUGUUCUAACAAGAGGUUGGAGGAGGAGGUUGCUAGGUGGAAAGUUGCAGAGGUGAAUUUGGGAUGGUUGCUUCAUAAAGGCAUUGUUCGGGUGGUGGAUAAGGUUGUUGAGAGUGUUGAGUUUGCGUUGGGGGUUUCCGCAGGAAAGUUUGUCUCCAGGGAACCAAACGCCACUUCGAAGCAUGCUCAGGCGAUGCAUGAUGCCAUAAAAUCUUUCAUGGAGACGGACAUUGCCUCUUACCUUUUCCUAGGCGAGCUGGACAUAGGGGGCCUACGUCAGAUAUGCGAUGAUCCUGACUAUGAGGAAGGCCAUCUUGAAAAUGGCGCUUCUCACGCCGAACCUUCCUCCACUCCUCAGUAA